UCAGCCGAGAGCUUAAGCACAGGGCUAUGGAGAGAGGCUAAGGUAAAGUCGCGCUUCCGCUGCACCCCGGGAGCAGCUCGGGGGGUCCUGUCCUGGCUGUUCUGGGAGCCCCGAGCCGUGCUCAGCAGCGGCGACCGUGCUGCGUGUGGCCCUUGGGCUAGGUCUCCUUCCCUCUUCUAAGCGUCUCCCUAUCGCUCUGUGAACUGGAGGUAAUGAUCCCAGCCCGGCCUGCUGUACGGAUUUGUGAGGUUCAGAAAAAAACACGGGUUGGGGGCUGGAGAAAGCCUGGUGAACUAGGAAGUGCGGUCAGCAAAGGGUCAGGUAUCAGACCACCGGAGGCAGGUCUGCCCUUGAGCUAAACCGGGCACCCCUGAACCUCGCCCAUGCCGGUCCCCUCUCCCACAGCACUUUCUGCAGCUGGAGCAGAUUAACGGGCGGCUGAGCGCCUCCUUGCUGCACACCCAUGACACGGAGACGCGGGCUACUAUGAACUUGGCGCUGGCUGGCAACAUCCUUGCUGCAGGGCAGGAUGCCCACUGUCAGCUCCUGCGCUUCCAGACCCACCAGCCGAAGGGCAAAAGCAAGGCAGAGAAGGCAGGCACCAAGGAGCAGGGGCCUCGACAAAGAAAGGGGGCGGCCCCCCCAGAGACGAAAUCUGGAGCUGAAACCCACCAGGAGGGGGUGGAACUGAGAGUAGAGAAUUUGCAGGCGGUGCAGACAGACUUCAGCCCGGAUCCGCUGCAGAAAGUUGUAUGCUGCAACCACGAUAACACCCUGCUGGCCACGGGAGGCACCGAUGGCUGCGUGCGCGUCUGGAAGGUACCCAGCCUAGAGAAAGUGCUGGAGUUCAAAGCCCACGAAGGGGAGAUUGAGGACCUGGCUUUGGGGCCGGAUGGCAAGUUGGUAACUGUGGGCUGGGACCUUAAGGCCUUCGUGUGGCAGAAGGAUCAGCUGGUGACACAGCUGCACUGGCAAGAGAACGGACCCACUUUCUCUAACACGCCUUACCGCUACCAGGCCUGCAGGUUUGGGCAGGUUCCAGACCAGCCUACGGGGCUACGACUCUUCACAGUGCAGAUUCCCUACAAGCGUCUGCGCCAGCCCCCACCCUGCUACCUCACAGCCUGGGACGGCUCUACCUUCUUGCCUCUUCGGACCAAACCCUGUGGCCAUGAAGUCAUUUCCUGCCUUACUGUCAGUGAAUCGGGCACCUUCCUAGGCCUGGGCACAGUCACUGGAUCUGUUGCCAUCUACAUAGCUUUCUCUCUCCAGCGCCUGUACUACGUGAGGGAGGCCCAUGGCAUUGUAGUGACGGACGUGGCCUUUCUACCCGAGAAGGGUCGCGGUCCAGAGCUCCUUGGGUCCCACGAAACUGCCCUGUUCUCUGUGGCUGUGGAUAGUCGUUGCCAGCUGCACCUGCUACCCUCACGACGGAGUGUUCCUGUGUGGCUCCUGCUGCUGCUAUGUGUUGGGCUUAUUGUCAUGACCAUUCUGCUGCUCCAGAGUGCCUUUCCAGGUUUUCUUUAGUCUCCUGCUCCCAGGGAACCAGGGGCCUGGGACUCUGCCACCUUCUGGACCAGAGUGGAGGCCCCGACACCAUUGUUCACUCCACGUCUACCUGGGUCCACAGCAGAGGUGGCCUCUGAGGAGACCUGACAGGAACUGCCUGCCCUUCCCAGUUAAAGCUUGACUGUGGCCUUGUGUGACUGAGUUCUGGGAACCCUGAAUUCAUCUUUGGAUCCACUCAGGACAGUGGUGUCUGCAGCCCAGGCCACACCACCUGCCUCCUCUCCUCUGUCUGCUAGGGGCUCCAGAGUUGAGCUUAUCCUUUCUCCAGAAAUAUGUGAAGGUGCCCCAGAAUUUGGAGUCACUGCUGUCCUUUCUGCAGAAGCAAUCCGUUUCUCCUCCCUCACAACCUGUGGCCCAUUGUCCUUCACAUGAGCCCCUUGUGUUUGCUGGGGCAAACACCUGCCUGGGAAGGAAGGAGCAAAAGGAAGACCCAGGCAGUAAUCUGUGGGUUCAGCUGGGUAGCUCUCAGCCAGCCAGGCUAAGUUCCUAGAUGGUCUACCCUAGCUUUGAGAGAAGGGAAAGUGAACCUCAGCCCGUUUGACAGGAAAAGUUGAUAUUUAAUAAACAGGGAAGACUGAACUGAGA